GACGCAGGCCCGGUUGUUUGCGUCUGCGCCGCCGCCACCGCCGAUGGGUCGAGACACACGCUCGCGCUCGCGAUCCGUGGGGCGCAGGGGCCGAAGGCCGCGGAGCCAGAGCCGGAGUCGGAGCCGAAGUCGGAGUAGGAGCCAUGGGCGGCGGCGCCGGCGGCGCCGGGAGGACGAGCGACGGCGCAGGCGRAGACGGCGAAGCCGGGAGCGCAGGUCGGAAUCGGAGGAAGAACGGUGGCAGCGCCCAGGGAGGCGAAGCCGGAGCCCUGCUGCACCCCGAUGGUGCUCUCGGGACCGGUCCUCGCAGUCUGACUCUGGGGAGGAGCAGCCGCAGGGCCCAUGGGCCCACCAUGGGCACCGGCGCUCUUGGUCCCCCUGCUCCUUAGCAUCCAGCGCAGCGUCCCCAGGGCGCCCCCAGAGUCCUGGGGCRAUGGCUGCAGCUCUGAGCCAGCAGCAGAGCCUGCAGGAGCGGCUGCGGCUACGGGAGGAGCGGAAGCAGCAGGAGGAGCUGCUGAAGGCCUUCGAGACCCCCGAGGAGAAGCGCGCGCGGCGGCUGGCCAAGAAGGAGGCCAAAGAGCGCAAGAAGCGUGAGAAGAUGGGCUGGGGCGAGGAGUACAUGGGCUACACCAACACCGACAACCCCUUUGGCGACAACAACCUGCUGGGCACCUUCAUCUGGAACAAGGCUCUGGAGAAGAAGGGGAUCAGCCAUCUGGAGGAGAAGGAGCUGAAGGAGCGGAACAAGAGGAUCCAGGAGGACAAUCGGCUGGAGCUGCAGAAGGUGAAGCAGCUGCGGCUGGAGCGGGAGCGGGAGAAGGCCCUGCGGGAGCAGGAGCUGGAGCUGCUGCAGCGGGAGAAGGAGGCGGAGCACUUCAAGACCUGGGAGGAGCAGGAGGACCACUUCCACCUGCAGCAGGCCAAGCUGCGCUCCAAGAUCCGAAUCCGGGACGGGCGGGCGAAGCCCAUCGACCUGCUGGCCAAGUACAUCAGCGCCGAGGACGACGACCUGGCCGUGGAGAUGCACGAGCCCUACACCUUCCUCAACGGCCUCACGGUGGCCGACAUGGAGGACCUGCUGGAGGACAUCCAGGUGUACAUGGAGCUGGAGCAGGGCAAGAACGCGGACUUCUGGCGGGACAUGACCAUCAUCACCGAGGAUGAGAUCUCCAAACUCCGAAAGCUGGAGGCCUCGGGCAAGGGSCCAGGGGAGCGCCGGGAGGGGGUCAAUGCCUCCGUCAGCUCUGACGUGCAGUCGGUGUUCAAGGGGAAGACGUACAGCCAGCUGCAAGUCAUCUUCCAGGGCAUCGAGGGUAAGAUCCGGGCCGGCGGGCCCAACCUGGACAUGGGCUACUGGGAGAGCCUGCUGCAGCAGCUGCGUGCCCACAUGGCCAGGGCCAGGCUCCGGGAGCGCCACCAGGACGUGCUGCGGCAGAAGCUGUACAAGCUGAAACAAGAGCAGGGCGUGGAGAGCGGGCCCCUGUUCCCCAUCCUGAAGCAGGAGCCCCCGUCCCCCAGCCACAGCCUGGAGCCCGAGGAGCCAGCCCCCACGCCGCCCGGGCCCUCCUUGGAGGGCGGGCCCACCGAGCCCGAGGGGGACGCMGCGGCGCCUGCGGAGGGCGAGGGCGACGGCGAGGCGGUGCUCAUGGAGGAGGACCUGAUCCAGCAGAGCCUGGACGACUACGACGCGGGCAGGUACAGCCCGCGCCUGCUCACGGCGCACGAGCUGCCGCUGGACGCGCACGUUCUGGAGCCCGACGAGGACCUGCAGCGCCUACAGCUGUCGCGCCAGCAGCUCCAGGUCACAGGAGACGCCAGCGAGAGCGCGGAGGACAUCUUCUUCCGGCGGGCCAAGGAGGGCAUGGGCCAGGACGAGGCGCAGUUCAGCGUGGAGAUGCCGCUGACCGGCAGGGCCUACCUGUGGGCCGACAAGUACCGGCCGCGCAAGCCGCGCUUCUUCAACCGCGUGCACACGGGCUUCGAGUGGAACAAGUACAACCAGACGCACUACGACUUCGACAACCCGCCGCCCAAGAUCGUGCAGGGCUACAAGUUCAACAUCUUCUACCCCGACCUCAUCGACAAGCGCUCCACGCCCGAGUACUUCCUGGAGGCCUGCGCCGACAACCGCGACUUCGCCAUCCUGCGCUUCCACGCCGGGCCGCCCUACGAGGACAUCGCCUUCAAGAUCGUCAACCGCGAGUGGGAGUACUCGCACCGCCACGGCUUCCGCUGUCAGUUCGCCAACGGCAUCUUCCAGCUCUGGUUCCACUUCAAGCGCUACCGCUACCGGCGGUGACGGCAGGGCCCUGCCCGGGGGCGGCGGGAGGCUGAGGGACCAAGGCGGACCUGCCCCUGGCCCUGUUUCCCGUUUGUGAAGUGGGUCGCCA